CAGCCGUCACAACCUUUUUAAUACCAUUGACAUAUUGUUCUGGUUGGGCGAUCGAUAUGUAGCCUAAACCAUCUAAUAUGUACGACUGUUGCUGCUUGUUCGACUUAGAAUUAGCAGGUGAAAAGGGACAGUAAUAAAUCGAUCGGGAAGGUGGGACUAACGUAUAAUGAUUAAUUCUAUAGCGUGACCGACAACAGAAUACAUGGGAUUUCUUUUCUCUUGAAGUACAAAGAAUAUUGUGAUCGUCAAGUAUAGCUGCUACUGUUGUUUAUAUUCUGUUAUUGCCAUAAAAUAAACCCAUUGAAUUCAGGUUUGAUUAAUCAAAGACAAUUUAUCACACCUAUAUAGAAUCAUUAUAUAUACAGUUUUAUAGGUUCUAAAAUGAAAAUAGCAGCAUUAAUUAUCGUGUUCAUUUCAAAAUCUGUCGAAGGCCAGUUAAAAUGGGAAAGGUUAGAUCGCGGUAUUGGCGAUGCCCCAAGUCCCCGACGUGAUAUGGGUUUUGGUUAUGACGCUGUUAGAGAGAGACUGGUGUUAUUUGGUGGGAAACCUGGACCCUUGCAGGAUACGUGGAUAUAUGAAUUUUCUACAGAUACGUGGCGGAUGGUAACCGUGAGUUUACGACCUCAGGCAAGAUUUAGCAUGGUUAGUGGGGUCAGCGGUGAUUUUUUCUAUAUAGCCACUGGCGAAGGAGAAAAUAAAAGAUUCUUCUCUGAUAUUUGGAGAUUUGAUUUAAGAACAGAAGCAUGGGAGGAAAUUCCAACCCAAAGUCGACCAGACUUUUACAGUCAAGUUGAAUGGGAAGCUAGAAAUACAUCCUGGAUAGGCCCGGAACCCAGGUAUGGUGCUGCUGGUGGAAUAUAUCCUAAUGGCGGAGAAGAGUUAUAUGUUGCCUUAGGGUUUUCUAGUGUUAGAUACCAUAAUACAUAUUCGUAUGAUACACGACAACUUCGCUGGCAUCUUGAAUAUUGUCGUGAUUGUAACUCCUAUAAUCCUAGUUAUCCCCAUGCUAGAUGUUUACAUGCUGGUACUAUGAUAGAUAAAGAUGAAAUGGUUAUAUUUGGUGGAUGUCUAGGUGGUGGUGGAAGUGGUGGACCAUGUCCUGCAGGUGAUUCUUGGUUAUUUAAUGGUAAAUCUAAACACUGGAAACGACUCCCUGAUUGUGCAUCACCAAGAAUGUAUGGUGUUAUGGCUAAUUUACCGUCGGCAGCUAAUAGAAGACGGGUAGUUUUAUAUGGCGGUUUAGAAAAGUCAGAUCAAGUAAUCAGAACUAAUGAGAUAAUAGAUGACCAAGUAGCUGUUUAUGAUCCUGAUUCUAAUAGCUGGUCUGUCAGAAAAACAAUACCUUAUAAUUCCAGUGUACCUGUACCAAGUGGGAGGGCGUCCGUUGGUAUGGCGACAGCCAAAAAUGGAAUCUAUAUGUUUGGUGGAAUCAACAAAAUGACUAAGAAUCCAAUGAACGAUCUAUGGAUAUUACGAGGUGACGCCAUGGAUGCUGAUAAAUCCGACAUGUUAGAAUGUACUAAAUAUUAUAUUAAUUAUAUCACCGUACAUGGUAUUUUGAUGGCUAUAGGUUGGGGUUUCUUUUUACAAUGGGGAGCUUUUAUAGCUCGAUAUCUUAAGUGUAAGAAUCCAGUCUGGUUUUACCUGCAUGUGACGUUUCAGAUAUUUGGACUGUGUUGUGCUAUAGCUGGUCUGGUUAUGGGAAUAUUAUCAGUACCGUUUGGACAUGUUAAAUUUGUACAUUCAAUAGUUGGUAUUGUUGUUAUGAUAUUAGGAGUAUUACAGCCUUUAAAUGCUUUGAUUCGGCCACAUAAAACACAGCCAGAUGAAUCGAAGACGUUUCGUAGAAGAUUAUGGGAAUGUGUUCAUCAUUUUGGCGGGAGAGCUGGUCUAAUUUUAGCUUUGGUUAAUAUCUCACUGGGAGUAUUUCUGGCGGUCACGGAUCAGCUUAUUUGGUCACUAUGGUUCGGCUAUUUGUGUGCAAUCGUGCUGGUAUACAUAUUAGCCGAGUCGAUACGUGGACUAAUAGGAAGAAAGCGUAACUGCAAAGGAGAGAAGGGUACGAAACAGCCUAAGCAUAUGCUAGAUGGUUACGAUAACGACACCUAUAAACAUGAUAUAUACGUUAAUACAACUAGUGCAGAUACAGGCUUGUAACAGGUAGAAGAUAUUAAUACUAGCUUCAACUUACCCAAAAGCUAGUUGACAAAUAGUAGGGCUUCUAUCUGUAAGCUAAAAGGUCUCAAUUCUGUUUAAUACUCAGUUUAAUAUUAUGAGAGAUGUGUAAUAUUUUUUCCCGCCAUGUUUGUGAUUAUAUAUUGGGCAGGUGCAUAUUGUACAACAUUUAAUGUCCACCCCUUAAAGGGGGCUAAACCUCUAAAUUAAUAUUAUCCAUAUUAUUAGAAAUAAAAACACGUAUUAGAAGAAUUCGAUAUUGGUCCAUUUCAAUCAAUAUUGAUGUUUUUAUCUCAGCGAGAAAAUAUGGGAUCCUAACACCUAAUACCUAAGACACACGGAACAUAAUGGUUUCGAGUGCUAAUAAUAAAAAUAAAAUAAAGGUGUAGAAUGGACCAAGCAGGCAAGUAGUUCACCAAACAUAAUUGAUUAGAAAUUGUUUAAAAAAAUCACUUUAUAUACACUCAUUAUGCGCUUUUGAACCAUUUUCGGUCUAUUUUAAGGUUACAUAAAAUACAGCUAUACGCCAUUUAAUCCAGUAAAGGUAUUGGUCGUUUCUAUAUGACGAAUAUAAUAUGCAAGCUUCAGCUUUGAAAUAUCAUCAUAUCACUUCUUAAUUAUUUGAUUAGUUCAUAUAAUUAGCAAUUGUGGGUGGUACUUUUGUAUUAUUAAAUCUGAACUCGCGAUGGAGAAUGGUAGUUGAUGUUAUAUGGCGUUUACGCGGGGUUCUCUGAUAUAGAAAGCACUGCAACGUUAUAAUGUAUUACCUGCAACAUUAUUUUGUAAUGAGAAAACGAAUUACAAUGUACAUAUCUGCAGAUAAAUAAACCAACUCGUCCCGCUUUAUCUAAUGCCUGGAUUAAAAUCUCAAAGUUGUCUCCAGUCUGAUCGACAGCUGAUCUAGACAGGAAACUGUGAUGUGUAUCGCAACACAUCAUCGGUAUCCCUAGUGGUAUCAGUCUGUUCUACUCCACUAACCUCUGAGUCCAUCAGUUGGGAGACAUGUAGUCAAAUUGAACACCAAUGAUAAUUGUGCUAUUUUUAUCGACCAUUCAAAAAGUUCACGAGUGGGCCAAGGGAAGUAUCUCGCUCUAAUUUUUUUGCAACUAAGAACGAUGUUGCAAACUUUGUCAACAUAUUUUGUGUGCACGUCACUUCUUUGACAUUAAAUUUCUUGCAACCCUUCUCAUAAUCGAGCGUACAAGGAACUUUAUUGUGGUGAACGUAAACAAAAACGCUAAGACUGGUAUGUAAAUUGUUUUUUUCGACUGGUUCGUUGAGUCAACCUACGUGACCAAUGAAAUUACCAGGGGAAGACAAUUUGAUUUCUUGAAAAAGCUGUGAAUGGACCCAGGGAUUAGUGAAGUAGAACGGAAUGAUUCCACUAGGAAUAACGAGGAUAACGGCAUUAGUGAAUGUUUUGUUUCAUUUUUUUCCGAUUGAAGCCGAAAGGUAGGACGCACAACCCCAUUUAGUCUUUUCUUAUCUUUCCAUUUGUAAACGUUUUGUAUUUGUUAUGUUUUGUUUUGUUACUGUUGUUCAGAUUAAUGGAAUGAUUUUUUUUGUAUGAAUAUCAUAGAUUUAUUGUUAUUUGAUGUUUUGGCUCUAAACUAUCUUUGUAUAAUAGUGUUGUAUAUAAAUUAAAGACGCAUUAUGUAAGAUUUGGAAAAAGGAGCUGGUCGUUUUUGCAUUAAUAGUUUAAAAAUAAAUAAUGAAAAAUGAAUAUAUUAAAAAUUUCGCCCAAAUUAUUAUAUUCUGUGUGAAGGUAUUAAUAUUUGAUGUUUUGUCAAGAGAUAGCCCAAGUUGUCUCGAUUGUCAAGUACCAUUGCUACAAUAAUAAACGAAAUCUCUAUUUUCAAUUUAAACGUUUUCUAAUCCAUUCAAGAGUUGAUUAUUGGCUUUCCAUGUAAUGUCUAUAUAGUAAUUUUAUAACAUUUGAAGCCAGACAAUAGGCACAUACAGCCCCUACAUAAUUCAUCUUUAACAAUUAUUUGCCAAUGACAAUUUGCGUCAAUUAUGUGGAAUGUUAUUAUUGUAUAUUAUUGUAUUGAAAGUAAACGCGUGAUGUAAAAUAAAUUUGUACUUAUUAUA